UUCUAUCUCGACGACGACGGCUACUACUGCACCCAAUGCGGGUCCCAGUCCCAAGACCUCAUCCACACCCAGACUGCUGACGAGAACCUCCUCGCUGACGGCACCCUCUACAACAUACGCCACACCCGCACCCUCCUCUCGCAAGAAUUGGAUCGAACACUUGGCAGGCGCCCGGCGGCAAAGCAAGAAAAUGAGGAUUUCUUCGGGGUCGGGGAUGAUGGGUUGUCGGAGUCGAGGGGUUUCGGGUCAGGUUUGGUUUCAGAUAGGGAGGAGCUCAUGGAUGUGAUAAGGUUUAGGUAUGUGGAGGGGUUGCAGGUGAUGGUGCAGAGGCAGUGCGAGGUUUUGGUGGAGAGGUUUGGGGUGAGUGCUUAUGAUGUUGGGAUUGUGGGGCCCAUUUUGUUGAGGUAUGUGGCGGAGAGGAGGGUGCUUGCGGAUGAUUAUCCUUUGGUUGCAGAAAAACCCAAAAAGUUUAAGCGCAUUCAACCAAAGUAUAGAUCAGAACCCCACAAUGCAUAUGGUCAGAGAGCCAUAAUUAUAUGGCUCCAUUCUUUGUGAAGAACGAUGCCUUUGUAUUCUACGUUGGCUAUUUCUUUUUUAGUUUGCCACAUUGCAAGAGAGCCAAUCCUACCGACGGACAUCUUGAAAUGGGCGUCAGAGGGAAAACUCCCUUUUCUUGCUGCCUUCAUUGAAAUGAAUCGACGCCUUGAAAAGCCUUCAAGUCCUUGCCCCUUGAGUUUAAGGGCUUUGUUCAGACCUAUACAAGUUAUUGGAGCAGAACAACUAGAAGCAACAGCUGCUUCUAUAGCUCAAGCUAUUGGUUUACGCCUUCCUUCUGUGAAUUUCUAUGCAAUUUCUCAUCGAUAUCUCUAGGAGCUUUCCCUUUCGGUAGAGAAGAUUCUUCCUCAUGCAUGUCGUAUUUAUGAAUGGUCACUCCUUGCAGACUUGUGGUUGUUGAGUAAGGUCUCGGGAUUUCCAACUCGUGCUUGUGCAAUGUCAAUUUUAAUUGUGGCCAUGAGAUUGUUAUACAAUAUACAAGGCCAAGGUAUGUGGGAGAUGAGUCACUCUAAAGUUAGAAAUUCUCCUCCAAAUGAUCAGAAACCCGAAAGGAAAUUGUUACAUGUUCAAGCUUCGGACUACAGUUGUCAGGAGUUAUUUAGCAUUCUUGAAGCCACAUAUGAUAAGAUCAACACAACUCGUGGUACUCGCACGAUGACUCGUAUUAUUUACAAGACUUGCCCUCUUACCUCAAACAUUGCAAGGAUGUUAUUUUUUGUCGGUGCAACAAAAUAUUAUGAGGAGGAUAAGUUAAUUAAAAUAUUAUGGGAUAUGUAUGAGAAAGAGGAGGGAGUCUGUGCGAUUAACCCUAUUUUUAAACAUGUCUCUUUCAUUCCAGUCUUUCUCUGUACGAGUUGGUCACUAAUCUUUAUGUACUCCAAUCUUAUUUUGUUCAGACCUAUACAAGUUAUUGGAGCAGAACAACUAGAAGCAACGGCUGCUUCUAUAGCUCAAGCUAUUGGUUUACGCCUUCCUUCUGUGAAUUUCUAUGCAAUUGCUCAUCGCUUUCCCUUCCGGUGUUUACGCCUUCCUUCUGUGAAUUUCUAUGCAAUUGCUCAUCGGUAUCUCAAUGAGCUUUCCCUUCCGGCAGAGAAGAUUCUUCCUCAUGCAUGUCGUAUUUAUGAAUGGUCACUCCCUGCGGACUUGUGGUUGUUGAGUAAGGUCUCGGGAUUUCCGACUCGUGCUUGUGUAAUGUCAAUUUUAAUUGUGGCCAUGAGAUUGUUAUAUAAUAUACAAGGCCAAGGUAUGUGGGAGAUGAGUCACUCUAAAGUUAGAAAUUCUCCUCCAGAUGAUCAGAAACCCGAAAAGAAAUUGUUACAUGUUCAAGCUUCGGACUACAGUUGUCAGGAGUUAUUUAGCAUUCUUGAAACCACAUAUGAUAAGAUCAACACAACUCGUGAUUAUUUACAAGACUUGCCCUUUUACCUCAAACACUGCAAGGAUGUUAUUUUUGCUGGUGCAACAAAAUCUUAUGAGGAGGAUAAGUUAAUUAAAAGAUUAUGGGAUAUGUAUGAGAAAGAGGAGGACGAUGGUGAAGAGGCAAAGAGACCAAGACACGGGGCAUCAACGAACGGUUCAUGGCAUCCCAAGAAACACGAGGAAAAUAACACAUGCACAGAGACACAAAUGGAUGAAGAUAUCAUAACAGAGAAUAAUCCAACAAAACCUUUGGAUCAUAAUAUAGAGAAGCAGGAGGAAAAUAACCCGGGCACAAAGACACAAAUGGAUGAAGAUAUCACAACAAAGAAUAAUCCAACUAAACCUUUGGAUCAUACUAUAGAGAAGAUAAAACUCGAAAUGGAAGAGAAUGGAUUUGAGUACCUUCCUCCUAAAGCUCACCCAAAGAUUGGGUAUAUUCACUAUAGGAGGCAGAAAAUAGACGGUAAGCUUGUUUGUGUUUGUCAUGCUGAUUACUAUGUAUUGCUUCGGGCUUGUGCUAAGCUUGUUGAAGUUGAUGCUCAGACUAUGCAUCGAUGUGUGCUUAGUCUCGAGCGGAGGCUUGAGUGGAUCGACAAGCGAAUUGAUGAAGUUCUUUGUCAUCAAGAUAGUGGUCCUUGAUUAUUUUGUUAAGUUUGCGAGUGUGUUUUAGCUUUUUUGCACUUUUAUUCUCUUAUUUGUGUGUUCUAUAGGUAAGGAAAAGAAAGUUGUUGUUCAAUAUUUUGUGUUUGAUUCAUCUUUUAUGCGUUAA